CUUAAUUUGCUUUGUUUACGUUUUGACCGCAUUUUUGCCAAUUUUAUUAAUAUAAAUUUGUUAACCAUGUCGCAAACGGACUUAAAUAAGAGCAUAGAGAUUAUUAACAAGACGGAAGAGCUGGCCGAUAAGAUAUUGGUCAACAAGCAGGAGUUAACUGUUAUGGACAAGCGUAGGCAGGAAAAUCGUGAAGCGCUGCGUCUGAUAGAAAAAAGCGAAGAGCCAAAAGUUUGGAUUACAAUUGGUAGCAUGUUGGUUAAAAUGAAACGAGAUCAAGCCAUAGAAUUGCUCAAAAAAGAUCAAGAGCAAAUAAAUCAGCAAAUAAAUCUGAUUUAUUCCGAACAAAAGAUUUUGGUAAACAAACAUCGCGAUGUUGAAUUCAAAUCACCCUUCUCUGGCACCAAUUUAAAAGCUUUAGAUCGCAAGGAGUUCGAUACUUUGAAAGCUAAUUUGCCUAUGCUUUAAUACAACUUAAAAAUAAUGUUAAUUUUAUAAGGAAUAAAAUAAAUAAAUUUCAUAUGUUUUUGCUGCGCGUUUUUUAACACUGACGCAAAGCUUUUUUGGCGUAAGAAAAAGCUCCCAACCUGGCAACUCUGGCAUGGGCUCUCUCCGCACGCUCACCAUUUGUUGUUGCGCCUCGUAAUCGCGGUGUCGUCUGGUUUUCUGUUGUCUCUGCUUGUUUCUAAAUUCUCGUGCAAUUCAACUAGCUAAAUAAAACAUUUAACGCAACUUAGAAAACCCAAUUGCGUCGCAAAUUGUUCUAGUGUGCGGGACAUGUGAACAGGAAUGCCAAAAAUUGUUGGCCAUCUCAUUCGUAACAAGAAACGUGCGUUUGCGUCGUCGGAUAGCGUGUGAGUGAGUGUGUUGCUUCGACGAAUUCCAGUGUGUGUGAGAUUGUGUGUGUGGUGAAUUUAGGCUCUCCCCCAAUAUCCUCCUGCCCCUCAACAGCGGCAGCGUGCAAAAAGCAACAAAUUUUAGUGCAAAUAAAUUGCUUUGCUUAUCUCGGCGCGCGCG